AUGAGAGAUUUAAUUUUUCUGACCCUCCAUAUUUAUUUAAUAUUAACGCUAGUAUGCUGCAUAGUUGGCGCAGAAAUUCCCACUUCGAGGCAAAAUCUAGCCGGAGCAAUAAUUGACAACAAACUAUAUGUGUUUGGUGGACAACGAAUAUCAGGCACAGCCGUCACAGACACAACAGCGGACACAAACGAACUUUGGAUACUAGACUUAACAAAAUCUUUUGAUAUAUCUUCGCCACCAUGGGUUCAAGGCACUUCCACUAAUGCUCCCUUAGUUGCAUAUCACACGGCAAAUGUUGGUGGCCCAGAAAAUGAGUUGCUUAUAAUCUAUGGUGGAGAAAAUCCAAACCCAAUACCAUCAAGUCCAUACGCCGUAUAUAAUACCAAAACACAGGAAUGGUCGACGGCUAAUUUCGAUAGUGCAAGCUUUGUGAAUCGACGAAAAGGACAUACUGGUGUCACGAACUUUAAUGAUGCCACCAUAAUAUAUUAUGCUGGAAAAAGAUAUGCUGAUUUUGAUAAUCUAGAGAAUAAAGCAUUAUUAAAUAAUGAAUUAUUCAUAGUAUUUACUGGUGUAGAUACUUGGACUACGCAUGUUCUCCCGUCUGGCCCGGAAUUUAUAGCAUUCCAUACUUCAACACUUUUGAAUGGAAAGAUGUACGUGAUAGGUGGUGCAUUAGAUGCCAAUAAGCUGAUGAAAAUGGAUCAGAUUCUGGUGUUCGAUUUGAAGAAAAGUCAAUGGAUUUCAACGCCAGCAACUGGUUCUGACAUUCCUUCAGAGCGUCUAGGACAUACAGCAGUUGGCACAUGGGAUAACAAGAUUAUAAUUUACGGAGGAACAACGAAUUUCACUAGUUAUUUUAAUGAUCUUUACGUGUUGGAUACGACAACUUAUCCGUACACAUGGAGCAAUAUAGCGACAAACGGAAUUAUUCCUAGUGGUCGGACUUCACACUCGAUGGUGAUGGCUGGAACAAAUUUAAUCAUAACUUUCGGUCAGCAUGUGGAUCAAUUGAAAAAUGGCUAUCCAAACAAUACUUUAGUUCUCGAUACCACAACAUAUACAUGGCAGACAACAUAUACACCCAGCAAACUAGAACUCACCACACCCCCCAAACCUAACAUCACAUAUAAUACAAACUCUACAGAUGGAAAAAGUUCAAAUGCUACUCCCUCAAGUUCGGCAACAUCUUCUAGUUCAGACAGCACUAGUAAAAUUGCAUUAAUUAUAGGAUUAGUGGGUGGCAUAUUUGGUGUCCUUAUGUUUGGUGCUGCAAUUUUCCUCUUUUUUAAAUGGAAAAAACACCGAUAUAUGAUACAAAACACUCAGAAUAGUACUACUAAUAAUGCCAAUAUAGUAAAUUCUAUUUUUUCGGGCAGACCAAUGAAAACAGAUGAAACGGGAGGAAGGGAUGACAUUGAGGAGGGACAGCUUAGGUAUAUGGAUAGAGACUCAGCGAAUGAACCUGUUGAACUUUAA